AUGAGUUACAAUCUUGGUCUCCAAGCAAGACAACAUCGGAAGGAAAUACUCGAUGCAAAAAAACAAAAACACAGUUUCGAUCGUACACACGUAUCAGGUUCCCGUUCAGUCAGUCAUGUCCAGCCUCCUGUAGAUGUUACAAGUUCAUUGCCUCAAAAAAAUACAGGGGUAUCGAUCACAAACAAAUCUCAAUCUCCAGGUUAUGCAGAACAUACAUUUCAGACGAGGAUAGAUCGUCGUACAUCUAUAACCGGUAAACAAUCAACUACUACUAAUUCAUCUGGUACUAGCAAUGCAAAUUCCUACUCUUUGGCGACUCCAUCAUCCAGACUCGACAAAGGAAAAGGCAUAGCCAUUGGAACAUGGAGUAGUGUUCAAAAUCCGCACAUUGGUCUUAGAUGUUCGUCAGCUAAGAAUUCAUCAUUUAGCUCUCCUUCAUUUUUAGUGCCUCCAAAUUCACUCCUGUCGCAUGGAUCGACUUUAUUGGAACCAACACUGCCUGUUAAUAUGAUUUCAUCUGGGACUGUACAAAGAAGCAAACGAAAAUCAAACCUACAUCAUCAAAGUCGAUCGUCUGCCAACACCUCACAAAUCAAUAUUGAUAUUGUUAGAGCUAAAGGUUUUACCCAAGCACGAAAGCGCUGCAAAGAUAUAUUAGACGCUAAGAUAUCCAAACGCCGACAUACAUCAAAUGGAAAUCAAAGUGGUCAGAAUAUCAAUGCAACCAGAUUUGAUUUUUCAGAGACACAUAGAUUUGAUUUUGAUGCUGAGGAUGAUGACACGAAUGACAAUUCACGUAGGGGCAUUUCUACUGAGUACAUUGAUGAAGGAGAUCCAAUUUACCCUUGUCAAUCCUGUGGAGCAAUGUUGUGGUAUAGCGAGACUUUGAGAGGUAGUGGGAAAGGCAAGUCCGGAUCAUAUACAUUGUGUUGUAAGGGUGGCAAGAUAUCACUUCCGGUCUUCCCGAAAGACCCUCCUGAAUUGUUGAUGAAGCUGUACACAGGCAACCACCCAAAAAGCAAACAUUUUUUGGACAAUAUUCGUCGAUACAAUACCAUGUUUUCUUUUACUUCCAUGGGUGGUAGAGUAGACAAAGAAGCUAACAAGGGACGUGGUCCUAACGUAUUUCGCAUCCAAGGCGAGAACUGUCAUAGAUUGGGCGGUUUAGUUCCUGUUGGUGAUUCCCCUCCAAUAUUUUCUCAAAUGUACAUCUAUGACACUACAAAUGAGGUUGAACACAGAUUGAAUGCGGUGAGCAAAGACAACCCGUCAUCGUCCAGAAAAAUUCAACCAUUAGACAAAGAUCUUAUAAAGGAGAUUAAAGAAAUGUUGGACGCCUGCAACCCACUCGUCGACACCUUCCGCCUUGCCAGGGAUAGGUAUGAAGAAAAUCCUAGCGAAUCAUUCAAGCUGAAACUCAUUGGAACCAGAGAAAAGGAUGGAAGGACUUACUGUCUCCCAACUGCACCAGAAAUUGCAGCUUUAGUACCUGGUGACAUUGAUUAUUCGUUUGACAAACGAGAUAUCAUCAUCGAAAGUCAUUCUGGUGAUCUGCAACACAUAAGUGAACUACAUCCGCAGUACCUUGCUCUUCAGUAUCCCUUGAUAUUCGCUUAUGCAGAAGAUGGUUACUGUGUAGACAUAUAUCACAAUAAUGUCGAAGAUUUGACUACAAGCAAAGCCAGCAAAGUAACGAUGCGGCAAUUUUUUGCAUACAUGAUCCAACACAGACCCCAUUUACAAAGUUUGCUACUAAAGUCUAGAAAACUUUUUCAGCAAUUCUUGGUUGAUGCAUACACCAUGAUUGAGUCGGAAAAGAUAUCAUACAUACGGUUCAAUCAAGGUAACCUUAGAAGUGAAAGUUACGAUAGGUUAGUUAAGGCAGUAAAUGAAGGUAAUACAGAGGCGACUUAUCUUGGGCAGCGUGUAAUACUACCUUCCUCAUUUACUGGAAGUUCGAGAUAUAUGAUGCAAAACUACCUUGAUGCAAUGGCAAUUUGCAAAAAAUUUGGUUAUCCAGACCUUUUUAUAACAUUUACUUGCAACCCAAAGUGGCCGGAACUUGUAAGAGUAUUGGCAGAUGAAAGGCUUAGUCCAGAGGAUGCAGGAGACUAUAUUGCAAGAAUGUUUAAGAUGAAAUUGGACAGAUUGAUGAAGACUUUUAAAGAAGAUCAUUUAUUUGGGAAAGUUGAAGCAUAUGUGUACACCAUAGAGUUCCAAAAACGAGGUCUUCCACAUGCGCAUAUUUGUCUUUUCUUAGGUGCGGAUUACAAAUUGCCAGAACCCGCUGACAUUGAUCGCAUCAUUUCUGCAGAGAUCCUCGAUGAAGAAACUCAACCUGACUUGCAUAAAUUAGUCACGGAUUCUAUGAUGCAUGGUCCUUGUGGUAAAGCAAAUCCGAAUUCUCCAUGUAUGGUCGAGACCAACAGUUGUUCCAAAAAUUUUCCAAAAGAAUUUAUUGAACAUACAACGGUCGACAAAGAUGGAUAUCCAGUUUACAGAAGGCGUGAUAAUGGUCGAAGUGUUUUAAAAAGCAAUGUCCCCUUGGACAAUAGUUAUGUUGUUCCUUAUAACGGCACACUUUUGAAAAUGUUUCAAGCUCAUAUGAAUACGGAAUGGUGCAAUCAGCAUGGCUCUAUCCGAUAUUUGUUCAAAUACAUGAACAAGGGACCCGAUCCAGUUACAGCAGGAGUGUAUGAUGAAGAAAAAGACGAAAUUAAGGACUUCUUCGAUGCAAGGUAUCUUUCUGCGUGUGAGGCUGACUGGAGGAUAUAUGCCUUCGAUAUUCAUGAGAGGUAUCCGGCGGUAAUUAGGCUUCCGUAUCAUUUGGAAAAACAACAAAAUGUUGUAUUUGAUCCAGAUACUUUUGAGGAGUGUGUCCUUGAGAGCCAGUCUGUUAAUUCAACCAAGUUUUUAAUGUAG